AUGUCGUCGGACCUGCCGGACCAGCACAGCGUCAAGAGACGCCGCCGCCCAGCCAAAAGCUGCGACGCCUGCCGCGCGCGCAAGGUGCGAUGUGACCAAAAGAUACCCUGCGGCCCCUGCACUAAAGCCCGCUCGGCCCCAAAGUGCAUCUACGGGCCAGGCACGGUCCGUCUGCCGUCGCCCGAUCCAUCGCCCGAGGAGAGCGGUUCAGGUGCUGCAGCGCCGCACACGCCAGCAGAGACCCGACAUUACACGCCGGAAGCUUCAUCGCUUUGCGGAAACACAGAAGCGGAACAGCUACGACGACAGAUUGCGCACCUACAGAAUAGAGUAAUCAGGCUCGAGUCCAGGUUGGAAGCUGAUGUAGUGAGGCCUGCGGCGACGCUCGCGACUGACUUGCGUGUCACUCCUAUUCAGCCGAAGCUGCGACAGACGGCGGACAAGAACAAGCUAUUUGGCGCAAACCACUGGGUUCACACUGCGAAGCAUAUCAAUGCAGGAAGCGUUGGAGCCAAGGAUGUCGAGCUGAGCUUUGAGACACCAAAGAUCGACUUUGCCAAGAUUCGACAGGAAGUGACCAAACGUCGGCUUACAAUCAAGCAAUUCGAGAUGCCUGUACUCAACGACCCUGUCGUAGAUAUCCUGGCAACCAUUCCCACGCGGGCAGAGUGUGACGCGUACGUGAACAUUUACAUGUCUACGCACGAGCGCAUCUAUCGCGUGCUACACAUACCCACAUUCUUCCAGCAGUACGACUCUUUCUGGGAGGACCAGACCGCUAGCAGCUUGGCGUUUAGAAUGAAGCUAGUUCUCAUUCUUGCACUAGGGUCGACACUUGACCAAGAUACCAACGAGUGUGCCCUCGCCGACAGGCAGACGAGGAUGUGGACCUACGCCGCGCAGUGGUGGCUGACGGGGCCGACAGAGAAAUCGACCUUCAACCUCGACGGUAUCCAGGUUGCCUGUCUUUUGCAGCUGGCGAGACAGAUGACGGCGGUCGGGAGGGCGUGGAUCAGCUCGGGCUCGCUGCUGCAGAUGGCGUUUUCGAUCGGCCUCCAUCGCGACCCGAGCCACUUCCCGUCCAUGGUGCCGCUGCAAGCCCAGAUGCAGCGUCAGCUAUGGGCGACUGUGCAGGAGCUUCAUCUUUUAUCAGCAAUGGACAGCUCGAUGCAGGCUUACAUUGAUAUGAACUCCUGCGACACCAAGCCGCCGGACAACAUCAACGAUGAGGAUAUUACGCCCGAGCUUGGGUGCUUGCCCGUUGGGAAACCUUGUGGUCAGAUUACAGAUACCUCGCUGCAGCGGCUUCUUUGCGAGAGCUUUUCCAAACGUCUUCAGGCCGCACAGUGUCUGCAUAGCGGCAACAGUCUUGCCUACGCAGAUACCAUUAAGCUCGCGAAUUCGCUCAAGGCUCACUGUGCCAAGCUAUCUGGAUUCUUCGACGUCCACCUCAACUCUCCUCUAGUAAACAACUUCCAACGCAGCUUUCUCGAUAUUCAUUUUCGGCUACACAUUCUUCGUCUUCACCGCCAGUUCCUGCUACAACAGCCUGAUGAAGCCAGCUGCUUCCUCUCCCGCAAGGCGUGCUUUGACGCCGCCAUGGUGAUUGCCUCGUACGCAUCACAUACGUCCUCCGCCGACAUCCACUUGCGUCGACUCUCUCAGCUCUUUCUCAUUACUACAGGCAGCAUGCGCGCCCCUCUAUCACUCGAAAUUAUUACCAUGCUGGGUCUCGAGCUGCGCAUGCAGCUCGAGGAGGACGACAGCCGCGGCAGCGGUCCCUCGGGACAGUUUGCAAAAGCCGCUCGAGAGCCCAUAUUUGCCGCGCUCAUUCUUAUUCGAGAUGAAUUCCUGAGACGCAUUGAAAUGGGCAGCCCCCGCUGCAAGGCGUUUGGGUUGACGACGUUUAUCAUAGCACAGCUGCGCGCCAUGGAAAACCAGGAGAGCCCCGCGCAGGCUCUUAGCAGCGCCGUGACGAAGAAGCUCGCGGAUGUGCAAAAGUAUCUAGAAGCGACCGUAGAAAGAUUAGCAGCGAUUAGUACAAGCGGUGAUGCGGUGAUGGGUGACUUUGACUUGGAUGCAUUUCUGGCGAUGGAUUUCAACAGCGGCGGGAGCGGCGGCGGUUUCGAUUUCGGUGGUUUCGGAAUGGGGGAUAGCUUAUGGUGA